GCAGCUGAGGAGUUUUUCUCGUUGGGAAAGGAGCGGAGGCGCCGUCGGAGAGGAGGGGGAGUGAAGAUUUUCGUGCGCGGCGGUGAGGCAGCACGGGGCGGGGGGGGGGCCGGGCGACGGUCUGUGUCCCGCAGGUGAUGCGAGGAUGAGCAUGGCCCAGGCGGGAGCCGUAGUCGCCGCUGCCACAGGACUCCUCGUGUUCUUCCUCUACUCCUCCAUCCACAAGGUUGAGGAGGGGCACCUGGCUGUGUACUACAGGGGUGGUGCAUUAUUAACUAGUCCGAGUGGACCAGGCUACCACAUCAUGCUCCCGUUCAUUACCACGUUCAAAUCCGUGCAGACCACGCUGCAGACUGAUGAAGUGAAAAAUGUUCCUUGUGGGACAAGUGGCGGUGUUAUGAUCUACAUUGACCGAAUAGAAGUUGUGAAUAAAUUGGCACCGUAUGCAGUGUACGAUAUUGUGAGAAACUACACAGCAGACUACGAUAAGACCUUGAUCUUCAAUAAAAUUCAUCAUGAGCUGAAUCAGUUCUGCAGUGCCCAUACCCUGCAGGAAGUAUACAUUGAGCUGUUCGAUCAGAUAGAUGAGAAUCUGAAGUUGGCCCUGCAGAAAGAUCUCAAUGUCAUGGCACCAGGUCUCACUAUCCAGGCUGUGCGUGUUACAAAACCCAAAAUCCCAGAAGCCAUCCGAAGAAAUUUUGAGCUAAUGGAGGCCGAGAAGACCAAGCUGCUGAUUGCAGCCCAGAAGCAGAAGGUGGUAGAGAAAGAGGCAGAGACUGACCGGAAGAAAGCGCUUAUUGAGGCAGAGAAGGCUGCUCAGGUGGCCAGGAUUCACUAUCAACAGAAGAUUAUGGAGAAGGAAACGGAAAAGCGAAUUUCCGAGAUUGAAGACUCUGCAUUCCUAGCAAGAGAGAAAGCAAAAGCUGAUGCAGAGUAUUACACUGCUCGGAAGCUGGCUGAUUCCAACAAGCUGAAACUUACCCCGGAGUAUCUGGAACUAAUGAAAUACCAAGCGAUAGCUGCGAACAGCAAGCUGUAUUUUGGAGACCGCAUCCCCAACAUGUUUCUGGAUUCCUGUGCCUUCCAGCAAGCCAAUCUGAGGACUGCCCAAGAACCAGCCUUCCUUCACAGGAGGCCUCGGAGACCCCUGGAGAAAGCCACCUCAGAGCAAAGGAAAGCACUGGCUGACAGAGGUAGAAAGGUAGCCGGUAUAGCUCAACAGCUAGCCCAGCUGUGAAUGGGGAUGUUGCCCUGUGCUGGUGGGGCAGAUGCAGCACACGCGUGGACAUCUUGUGUAUAGGUGGCAGUUGGGUUGAUUUUCUUCUAGCAACACAUUGCAAGUGCUCUGCCUCUUCCGUUUCUUCCCCUAUUAAAUUGGUGCUUCCAAAUGAGGGAUAAUCCUGUACUAACAUACCAAUACUGGAAUAUUAAAAGACAGACACCAGGAAAGCCUUCCGCAGUAGGUGCAGUUAUUUAGCAAGCAUUACCCUGGAGGUAGGAGAUGUGGCUUUGAGUGCUGUGUUGCCGCACACUGGUCGUUCCCCAGUGCUCCUCGCUGAGGCCGAGCGAAGAGGUUUCCUUUGUCCUGCCGAUGAAGCUUUUGUUUUGUGGACUCGGAGGCAGGUUUCCACCAGCGCUUUCUAACUCUCCUCAAGGACUCCAGUGGAGUGGGCUCUCCUUGGCCAGCGGAGUCUGUGUGUUCCUGCUCAGGGCAAGGUCUGGUGAGGAGUGGUUUGGCGUGGAAUAGGUUUAUUUGAAUAGGAUCUGCGUAGCCAUAAGCUUCUUUCCUGUAGGCUGGGUAAUGGCUUGGAGCAAGCAACUUCUAACAGGCUUCUGUAACUCCCCCUCUCCAAGCAAGAGCCUCACGCUGGCUGCCUAUGACUGACUGUAUAAGUACGUUUCAGCUGGGUGGCUGGGUCUCACCUUGCAUCCUGAACCAGAUUUCAGAGGACGUGGAGCACCUCCGAGCAGCUGGUUGGGAACAGAGCUGGGAAGUCUUUGCUCAGACCCCAGCCUCCCUGCAGGUCUUUUCGCCAGGGAAAGGCGGCUGAAUUUCUACUGCUCUGCCUUGCUGGCGAUGUGAAGGGGAAGAGAAGAGUGAAGGGACCCCGCUCUGCAGCAGAUCAGAUGUUUGACACCUCAGCUGCAAAGCAGGCGAGGGCCUCGCUGCUCCCCUGUGCAAAGUCCACUGCUCCAAGAAGAAGUGGGACCUGCCAUAUGUGCCCUUGAACUGCUGUGGUGGGGAGCCUGCCGCUGGUCCUCUGGUCACUGGCCACGGUUUGCCGAGUUGCAGGGCUUUUGACUGGUGAGCGGUGCUGGCGGGAUGAUCUUUUCUGCUGGUGUGUGUUGUAAUAUAUCCCACCCCUGCUCCUCGUGUGCUGCUGCAGGGUGAGAGAAAGAUGUGCUCGGGGGGGGGGGGGGCGCAGGGGGGGAAAUCUGGUACGAUCUGCUUUCCACUUUUCCUCUGUCCUCCCCUUUGCCUGUGAGGACGCGCUUCUUUCUAGGACCUGUUUCUUGUCAUGUUCUGCCACAAUCCCAGAAGACAGUGUCAGGGGAAGCAACUGGCAAGAGCUUGGGCUGAAAUGCCGUUCCCCAGCUGGUGGCACUGCGGCAUUGCCUGCCUCUGAACCCACCACCUGUCCAGAGACCCCCUCUCCUCUGCCAGCCUGGGAUAUCUCUGCGUUUGUCCUGCCUUCCUGUCCCCCCGGGUGCAGCCCUGGUGCAGUUUGCUGGUUGGUGACGACGUUCCAGGUGCUCGGCCGGUCAGUGGUGAUGGGCGGGCGUUGAGACCUUCUGUUCCUGGCACCGCCUGCAGCCUCGUGGCAAAGGGAGGAACGUGCUUGGUUUUUGCCUUGGUGAAACAUUCAACCCGAAACAAAUGGCCUGAACUUCCAUCUCCGCUUGCGGUUUCACCGGAUGAGCUGUGUGGGCUUCAGGCUUUCCAGUGUUCUUUUGUUAUCCUGUGUAACUUGGCUCGGAGGAUGGCAGUGUCUCUCCUCAAGGAAGUUUGGUAACAUACAAUGCCUUACCGUGUCUUGGCUCUGCCCUGGCUGCAUCUCCUCCAUCUCUGGGGCAGAGCAGGGAUGCACUGACCCUGCCUCAGCUGCCGCUGCUCACUAGCCAUGGCACGUUGCAGCAGUUGCAGGUGGUCUUUCUUUCCUCCAACUGUUUGCAAACUCCCAAGGCCCAGCGGGGUGCUCUGCUCCAGCUGCUCUUCAAACCCAGCCAGGGACCAGGACCCUGCCCCAGUGAGAGGCCAGCUGAAGGUGCUGAGCACCAAUCCCAGCUCCCAGGGAGGUUGUGGGUGAGCGUGCUUCCUCGUGCUCGGAGGAUGAGGGAUGAGAGGAAGGGUAGUGCUGUUGCCAGGAGGAGAGGUUUCUCCCGGUCCUUGCUCUACACACCCGGUGCCUGGGGGCUGUGGCACAGCCGUGUUGCUUUGCAGGUUCCAGCCUGGAAGCGCUAAGCCAGGCUUUUCAGUGGAAGGGGCUCAUGUCUUCACCUGCUGAGGUCUUGGGCAAAUGGUGCCCUCCUGGCUCAGAGCAGCCUUCAAAAGGCGCUGGUGGGCAGGGGAGCAGGAAGGAGGUCUGCAUGUCGCCGCGGAAGGCAGCUCAGCCAGCGGGCAGGGCAGAGCUGAAGCCCCUGGCUGAUGGCAGGAGGGGAGUGGGCAGGCACAGCGUUAGCCCCCUUAGACCCUGUAGUGCCCUCCCCAGGGGAGAAGGGGACCAGGGCAGAGGGGAUGGCAGCACGUUUCGUAGCUGUGGUGGUUGAAUUGUCUUCUGGAAGCGCUGUUGGGCUUGCAAGGUCCCCUUUCCCCUGGGAGAAGGGCUUCAAGGAGCCCGUGGAGUCGCAUUUCUUUGACCCUCCACCUUCUUGGUGUUGCUGGCUUGCAGCAGGUGCUCUGCAGCAGAAACACAGCCUCUCUUCACCCCAGCAGCAGCCACUUUUGGUUGGAUUUUGAGACAAAGGCAGGCUUUUAAGAACGGAAGUACUCCUGGAGGGGACAUAAACUUGUCUCCGUGUGGCGUUCACCUAGUGCUGGCAUCAAACCCUGGAGAUCAGGCUGGGUGGACAGGGUAGGUUCUGCCAGCCUGGAGAUGACAAGAAGCAAGGGCAAGAGGGGAACCGCUAGAAGCAAUAACCAGGCAGCUCACAGCUCUCCAGCAGCGAUCAGAGUGAGCUUUCUGCGCGAGGGGCGGGAAAGCCUUCCCGGCCAGAGCGGGAAGGGCUGCUUCCCUUCAGAUCUGAGCCUUGCUGGGCCUCCCCGCGGAUGUGUGGCUUUGCCCUUGGUGACUUUCACUCUGGCUAAACGUCAUCCUGCCCUGGAUGGGUUGGGUAUGCAUCAGCCACCUCCUACCCCCCUGUGGCCUGAGGGUCACCGGGGGAUGCUCCUGUGAAGUCCUGCAGCAACACGUGUGUGGUGCUCGGUACCUUCUGCACAAGCCUCCUCCAUCCCUCUCUGCUUCCUCAGCUGCUGCUUCAGAACCCUGAGUAGGUGUGCAAGAGGAGGAAAUCACCAUGGCUUUAACUCCCCAGUCUAGGCUUUGCCUUUCUCUGAGCUGGGAGCUGCAGGGAGAGAACACGGGUGCAGCCAGGAGCGUGGGAUCGAACUAGUUUUUUCUGUCUGUUCAAAAGGCCUGUGUGGUCCUGUGACUAAAGGGGUCCGCCACGGGAUCCCCACCUUCUUUAAGGAAACACGAUACAUAUGUUCCAAGUUUACAUGCACAGAAGUUCUUUUGAUAAAGCAGAAUAAAAUUAUUUUGUUACCA